UAUGUAUUUUUUUUCGUUUGUUUUGUACGUGCGGCCAAAUACUUUUUCGUUUUUUACAUUAUUUAUUUUGAUUUGAAUCUUCAAAACAAACAAAGCCAUAUACAAUACCUACGAACUUAGAAUUAUUGAAUGAUUCAAGCAAUUUAAGAAAGAGAUGAAUCCCAUAAUACAGCAUGCCAUCAUUACUCGACCUUCUUCAUAAAACCAUAAGAGAGAUUCAUGCGCUACAUUUAUUCCCUAUAACCAACAGUGAAUCUGAUUAUGAAAUAUUAUUAGAACAUACUUUAGAAUCAAUUUUGCUGCUAUUGAAUUAUCAUAAUAAGUAUUAUGUGACAGUGGAUGUAGAAGCUUCAUCCAAUAACUCGGAUUUGAGUGAAUUGUCAUUUUUAUAUUAUAUUGAUAAAGAUGAAGAAACUGAUGUGAAAGACUUUAAUAAUUCUAGUAUAAUCCACUUCAUACAAUCAAGUUAUUCAAAAGCCAAUUCUGAAGAUUACGAUGGUCAAGCGUUAUCGAGGUCCCAUGUGCUUACCCAACUACUUAGCCUUCUAUCGCAACAUGAUACCGUCAGUGACCGAAAGCCGGUGCGCUUAAAAGAUUCCUACUCCUUAGUGCUUUUGAAGUUUUCUGAACUAGUCGAGUUUUUCGCUAAGUUCCAUUCUGAAUCGGAAAAGAAAUUGGUAAAUUAUAUCAAUAAGUGCUUUUGUUAUGAACUCGAUUUUGUAUCUGGACUUCGUAAUCGCUUAGAUGAUGAGCUUCAACUUGGUGAAGACGAAACUGAAAAAAUAGUACGGAUACUAGAUAGUUUCAUUAGUGUGCCUGAACCUGAGUUUGAUGCUGAUCCUGACAACUCCCUAUACCAUGGUCACUCAGAUAACUCCAUUUUCAGCUACGAAGAUAACGAACUCGAGAGUAGACAACUUCUGGGUAACUCGCCUUUAAAGUUCAAUUGCACUGACCCAAAUUUUGUUUGGCUAUAUCAAAUCUUCCUCCAAAUUUCUGGUUAUAAAGCUGAUCAUUCCAAUCAUAAUGGCUCAAAAGAUUAUAAAGAAUAUAUCAAAUUAAUGUUGAGUUGUUAUAAGAAACAUAAUAACGUUGAUUUUUUAGAGAUUAAUAACUUUAAAUUUAAAGAACUUAAACUAAAAUUUUUUUAUAAUUUUUUGGUGGGGAAUCUGGAUGGCUCUCAACAAAGUCUUCUUCCCGAAUAUUUCAAAGAUGCAACUAACAGAGUUAUUAAUAGAUUAAACGUAUUCCCCGAGAUUGAUAAAGUAAACAACUAUGAGGAUAAUCGAGGAGUGGGAAUAUCAGAUUUACCAGUCUUUGGCUUGAAUGAUAGACAAUCUAAUCCAAAGGAAGAACAUCUUCCUGGCGUGCUUCACGAAAUUCCCCAAGAAGAACAUGUGCGGCCUUCUUCAGUUCCACCGCCCUCAGGAAGGACAGACGACUCUGUUAAUAAUUUUGAAGAGCAACCCUCUUUUAUAUCGUUUGUUGAGUAUUCAAGAAAUGACCAGUUGGAGCUAUUCUUGAGCUUAAGACAUAUUAUUCCUCUUUUGAAUGAGUUUAACCUUAAUUUUGAUGCAAACUUUCCACUCAUUUUCAAACACUACAUGGAGCUUGUUUAUGUUGAUUUCUCGGAGUCAACGGAGCAAGCUGACUUUGAAUACAUUGAGCGUAUUGUUGUCUUGGUUAAUUCAAUUACGGAGUUUGAAAAUACUGAAGUGUCUGAUGGGGAAUUAGAUAUCAAAGAUACCGUUUUUUCAUUUUAUAAUGAACAUCAGUAUUUAUUAACAGAAACCGAUGAUAAAAAUUCACAUAAUCCUACCUUGCUAAUGAACCUAGCUAAACAAGAGUUCUCUCUGUACUUUAGUUUGAAAAAGAACAUUUUCAAUAAGUGGAAUUUCAAAACACUCUACAUUGGUCAAUUAGACUAUAACUUGGAGCAUAAAUUCAAUCCGGUUUCGAAUGAAUUUUGUCAAAAGUCAUUUUUGAAAAAAUGGUUUUCCAAGUAUCGCCGUUUCAAAGACCUACAAUCGGUGUCCUCGAAUUAUUCAGAAAAAAGAGUAAAGGUGAAUUUCAUCAAAGAUACGUGGAUUCCUUCAGUGAUAAAAAUUGGUAAUAUGAAUGAUCUGGCCACGAGUUUGUUUAUGAAAAAAUUUUUUUCAAAAUGGUCUAGGAAGAACCAAAAGAUUUCUAACUUGAAGGCAGAUGCUGUAGCUUCUUAUAACAAAAAUGCCUUGAGCCUGUUUUUUGCUAUUUGGGUAAACAAAUUGAACCAUAUCAUACAAUUGAGCGAAUCGGCUCUCAUGACUCGAAAAGCAAACAUUGGAACUGAAGGUGGGAUAUUGAUGCAUGCGGUUUGGAGCUUAUGGCUUCAAAAAUUCAAAACAAUUGACCUAGGUAAUCCUGGCAUUUAUCUUCCUAGUUCGAAUCCAAAAACUGCAAAAAAUGAGAGAAGUGAAUCCAUUCAAAUACCAACCAAUUUAAGCGAGAAACUUAUCGUGCUAUCAGCUCAUCAGAAAUUUUUCAUUUUGCUAAAGUUUAUGAAACUUUGGAGAUUGUCUUAUUCACAUUCCAUGAUAUCGAAAGAAAUUAAAAGCCACAAUGAUUACAAUUUAAUGAAAUAUUUUUUCAAGAGCCAGUGGAUAAAACAUCAUGAAGUGAACAAGAAAGCACAAUCGAUUCUAAGAGGGAAAGAAUUGGAGCUUAAACGUCGAGCUUUUCAUGGAUGGAAAAGCUGUACUGACUCUAGAAAGAUAGCUGAUACAUUUGCUUACAGUAUUGCAACAGGAAAGGCUUUUAAUCAAUGGAAACUCAAUUCUCAACUUUCUCAUUUAAUAAAGUUUGGUGAUGGCAAAACUUCAAAUCAUCACAAGUUGACAGUUUAUUUCAAAAAAUGGAACUUGAAGCGGAAGUUCAAUUCAUUUCAGAAAAAUCGAGAAUUCAAUUCUGUUAAACAAAUAUAUAACGUGUGGAAAUCUAAGCUUUUAGAUGUCAACGAAAUGAAGUCUAUUUCUCAAAAUCUCAGCCAGAUAAAGUGCUCACUGGAUAUGUUUGCCUUAUGGAAACAUCAAGUCCGUAAUCAGAAAAAUUCAUUGGAAGUUGCUGAUUUAAACUUUCAAAGAAAGUUUUUCAAUCAUAUGUUGGCUCUCCUACAUCAUUAUGCUGUGGAUUAUCGGAGCGCGGCUGAUGAAUUCAAGAGAGGGGGCAUCGCCAUGUCGGAUAAGCUAACCAUGGCUUCUGGUCUCCGAAAGUGGAAGAUAGAAUACUACCGCAGAUUCGAAAUACUCGCCCAAAAUAAAAUAGUCCAUUUCAAGAAGAAGGUUGUUAAUCUUAAUAUUAAGUUUACCUUCUUUUCUCAUUGGGUUAAGAAAUAUAAUGAAUCCCACCUACGUGCUGUCCAACUCGAUCAAGCAUGCAAUGACUAUGUUCAAAAUUCGAAAAAGCACUCUGAUUUGUUUCAUAAAUGGUCGAAAAAAACUAAACGUUUACAAGAUUUGAACCAAAAUUCCCGUGAUUUUGAGGCUUAUUUAUUGUUUAAAAAGAUAAUUGUUAUAUGGUACAAUCAGUUCAUCAACAAGAUUGUUUACCUAGAUGAGGUUGCAGAUGAUUUUGCCUCCAAAGAAGACUACAAUAGAGUUAGAGAGUUUUUAAGCAGAUGGUCCAUGAAGUAUAUCAAACAAAUUAGAAGAAAUCACCAAACAUGUGAAAUGUUUAUUCAAAGAUGGGAAGUCGCAAAAGCUAAGUCUAUUUUCGAGCUUUGGCUGCAAAAGUCAAAAGAACGCCGUGGUAUUUUAGAUGCUGAGGAUUUUGAAGCUGAUAUGAGCUUUGUGAGCAAUCUGUCUCCGCUAGCAAAUAAAUCCAAUAGGUCUUUCAAAGACCACAAUCCGAAUGAAGACAGCCAGAGCUAUCUAUACACUCCUGUCAAACUGCAAGUUUUGAGGUCGCCCAGUACUCCUUUUUUGAAGAGCCCAAAGAGAGGGAGUCCCACCAAGUUGGAAGAAACAAACCGUCGAUUAAAGGCUGAACGCCUUGAAUCAUUGAAAUCACGUUUUAGUAAAGCGAGGGGUCAGUCAACGCCUACGAAAAGAAUUAGGCCACUUAUAAACUCUUUGGCUGAUUCAAAAGUCCUGCUACACAAGCCUUCAACUCGCAUGAUGCGUCUCUCUCCACCAAAUAGUCUAGAGCCUAAUAGAUCUACGUUUUCUCCUAAAGCUCUGAACUUGAAUAGAUUUCAAGAUCGGUCAGUCCCCCCUAAAGCCCCCAACUUUAACUUGACCGAUACGCCGCAAGCUUUCACAAGACUGCAAGAAUCGAUAAGACCCUCUAUUGACUAUGUUACAGAUGAUGCGCUCAAUACGGAUAGUACCGCAUUCUCAUCAAGAGGUGUAAGUACUAUAUUAAUUGAUGAAGAUGAGGAUGAAACAUCCGUGAUAGAAAGCGCCAAACGACUUAAUAGGAUUACUCCAAUAUUCAUACCACCAGAUUCGGAGACGGAGCCAAGGUUUUCGCCUGUUUUCAAACUCAAGGAACGUCUUCGGAGUGGGACGACACAUAAUGAUGAUGCAAAUAGUUUUAUUACUAAAUAAAGUUAAUGUAAUAUAUAUUAAGGUAAUUAG